AUGGAAGAAUUACUUGCGCCCGCUCGACCGGUUCGAAGAUCAACGGGAGUCAAGGUGAUCAAGAUGAUCAUGUUGUACAACUACAGGACGGUUGUGCGUCCUGUUGCCCUUUACGGAUGCGAGUGCUGGCCGACGACGAAAGCCUUGGAAAGAGCGCUGCACGCUAUGGAGAUGCGGAUGUUAAGGUGGACGAUAGGUGUAACGCUAAAAGAGAAAGUAUCCAACGACACUGUACGUUCCAUUUUCGACGUCGUCCCGAUAACUGAGAAGAUGAAGGAGGCGCGACUGGGAUGGUUUGGUCACGUCUUGCGGCGGGAGGAAGAUUCUGUUGCCAAAACCGCUCUGAAGCUCGACGUUUCAGGAUUGAGACCGCGUGGGAGGCCAAAGAUUAGCUGGUUAGACCGUGUGAAGCUGGAUAUGAUAGAUGCACGUUUGUGUACGGCUGAUGCAAUGGAUAGAACCAAAUGGAAGACAAGAAGCAGAAAAGCGGACCCUGCAACAACGCGGGACAAACGCUAG